AUGGCGCAUUCGAAGCUUAAAGGUCGUUCCAUCAAGUUCAACAUCGACAUCCUCGGCAAGAAGGACGAAAAUGAGUCCUAUAGCUCUAAGAAGGGCACAGAGCUGCCACUACUGCAGGCCGACUCUCCUGCGAACUGGAAAGCAAAAGUGGAGAUUGGAGAGGACACAGAGCAGGAAAUGUCAUCUUGGGAAGCAGCGGACAAAAGAGCAUUUAGGCUGGGUGCCAGAAAGUUUUAUAUCAAGUGCACAGAGUACCUUGUGUCACGACUGCCAUUCGGCAAUUUAUUGCUGAAGAGUCUACGCUUCCUUAAGCCAGAGUCCGUGGAAAAGGAAUCCUCAUCCAGUGACCUCAGGCAACUAGCUUCAGGGCUUCCACAGGUUAUACAGCCGCGCGACAUCUCUGCCUUGAUGGACGAGUACAACCUCCUCCGGCUGCAGCACAUUGAAUCAAAUGCAUCCACUUCUGUCGAAAAGUACUGGCAGAACAUUUUUGAUAAGAAGAAGCCUGACAAUGGAGCCAAUUCAUUCGCCGUGGACACGGUCAUCGCCAUAGCUUCAGUGAUCUCGGCGGAGAGCAGAGAGAGCUGCCGCGCCGUGCCUCCGAACAUCCUCCAAAGUUCGGCAGAUGAGAAAAACCCGAGCUUGGCCAAGCUCUGGUAUCUGUUGAAAAGGAACGCCACUAACAAACAGACCACAACGCUGGGACUUUCCUUUGAGAUGGGCACGCUGAUGUACGAGCUGACCAGCGACCACAACGACCUGGCUAGCGCCGUCAACGCUAAAUGCAACGGAACUUCCCUGACAAGCAGGGAAGCGCUCUGCGGAGCGGCGAAGGUCGUCGACACAGCCAAGCAAAAGUUGGCCGCACCGUACCUCACGUACGGUGGAUUCCCGACUGCCGGUAACAACAGGAGAGUCGUCUUCACGGACUACCUGCACACUGCCACUGAAAGGUUCUUGAACGUCAGUGGUGGAACUGGCAGCAACGACCUUCGUAGUCGAGUGGCCUGGAUGUUGUUCAACGUGCACCUGGCAGACACGGGAAAGAUAUGCGGCGGUAUCCCGCCUUUCGAGCUCGAAAAUGAUUUCUGCAAGGUAUUUCUUCCGUCAGGCCAGGGAUGCUGAAACAACGCAGGUGAUCUGAAAGGAGGAAGAUAAAACUGCAAUAAAAAUCAAUUUCUGCGCUUUAUUGUGGCGUGACUCAUUGGCUUUUAACGCGAUAGUGUUAAGGUCCCCGUGUUCGAAAUUUGGUACGAAAGCCCGUGCUGAUGGUCCCAAAAUUCUUCAAAAGCUCUGAUUCAAUGUGAUGCGAGUGACGUUUCCCCGGAGCUAGGGAGUGUCCCACAUAUACUCCUGAAACCACCGCGCCCUGAACCGUUGAAGAUGCGCGGCCAGCCGUUCUAACGUCGCGAAUCCCAGAGGCAACACUUCGAGGACUGUGAACCCCGGCAGUCCUGCGUGCCGUGCUGUUUACGGCCACUUUCUGCUGGCACAAGCUGGAUGCCACAGUUUCCGCGCCGUGCCUCCGCCGGCACCGUAACGCUUGAAGCUUGGA